CACACGUCUCCUCCUGGCUGCGUAAAGACCUGCGUCCUCCAGCUGCCUGCGCUCCGUCUGUGCGCUCAGACGGAAUCCUCACAUUGAGAUGAGCAGCUUGUUGAGCCUAUGGCACGUUGGCCAGUGGUCCAGAAUAUACUGUGCGCCGAUUGGCCCAGAUACCCUCGAAUGAUCUGCUCGGAGUUUGGACUGAAUGAGACGACGGUGAACAUAUGAGAGAGAGGUUGAGGAUGGCUUUUAGGGAUGUUUGCUCUUUGGAAUGGAUCAGAACGGAACGGGAGCUAAUAAAGUGAGCCGGUGUGUGAAUGCGACUGAAGCUCGGGGAGAGCAGGAGGGAAUACUGGAUGCUACUGUCUGAACACAGGUUCCUUACAUCCAGGUGUGAGAACUUUGUGUCUGACUGGCCCUUUAGUGUGCUGGUGGCUCCAGGCCAGACACAGCAGUGAGGAUGGGAGGUGGAGGACAGCUGACCGAGCCAGGAGAACCAGUCAGCGGCAGAGAUGGAGGAGUUUACACCUGGGAGGAGGUUCAGAGACACUGCAGCAGGAAUGACCAGUGGUUGGUCAUCGAUCGUAAGGUUUACAACAUCACUCAGUGGGCCAAAAGGCAUCCAGGAGGGUUUCGGGUCAUCAGCCACUACGCUGGAGAGGAUGCCACGGAGGCGUUCACCGCUUUUCAUCCUGAGCUGAAGUUUGUGCAGAAGUUUCUGAAGCCUCUACUGAUUGGAGAGCUGGCAGCUACAGAAUCCAACCAGGACCGAAAUAAAAAUGCAGCAAUAAUACAGGAUUUCAACACUUUACGGGCGCAGAUGGAGAAGAAGGGUUUGUUUCGAGCGGAGCCUUUGUUCUUCUGCCUCCACCUGGGUCACAUCCUGCUGCUGGAGGCUCUCGCGUGGCUCAUCAUCUGGCUCUGGGGGACGAGCUGGGUUCUGACGUUCUUGUGCUCGGUGAUGCUGGCAACUGCUCAGUCGCAGGCUGGAUGGCUGCAGCAUGACUUUGGUCAUCUGUCUGUCUUCAAGAAGUCCAGCUGGAACCACAUCCUGCAGAAGUUUAUCAUCGGUCAUUUAAAGGGAGCUUCUGCUAACUGGUGGAAUCACAGACAUUUCCAGCAUCACGCUAAACCCAACAUCUUCAGUAAAGACCCUGACGUCAACAUGCUGCACGUCUUCGUACUCGGAGCCACUCAGCCAGUGGAGUACGGCAUAAAAAAGAUCAAAUACAUGCCCUAUCAUCGCCAACACCAGUACUUCUUUCUUGUGGGACCGCCGCUGCUCAUUCCAGUUUACUUCCAUAUUCAGAUAAUGCACACUAUGAUUUCCCGCCGCGACUGGGUGGAUCUGGCCUGGUCCAUGUCGUACUACCUUCGCUACUUCUCCUGUUACGUUCCCCUGUAUGGUCUGUUUGGCUCAUUGGUGCUCAUCAGCUUCGUUAGGUUCUUGGAGAGUCACUGGUUUGUGUGGGUGACUCAGAUGAAUCACCUGCCGAUGGACAUCGACCACGAGAAGCGCCAGGACUGGCUGACCAUGCAGUUGCAGGCCACCUGUAACAUUGAACAGUCCGUCUUCAAUGACUGGUUCAGUGGACAUCUCAACUUUCAGAUCGAACACCAUUUGUUUCCUACGAUGCCGCGCCACAACUACCACCUGGUGGCUCCGCUGGUCCGUGAUCUCUGUGACAAACAUGGAGUUCCUUACCAGAUGAAAACGAUGUGGCAGGGCCUCACUGAUGUGGUUGGGUCACUGAAAAACUCUGGGGACCUCUGGCUUGAUGCAUAUCUGCAUAAAUGACAAACUGCAUUGUCUUCACUGUACUUCAAAGGAGGGAUGUUUCUCUCCUCUUUUGCAUCAAAAACUGAUUGUAUCUGUUUGAUUUUAAAAUCCAGUCGAUAGUGUGGGAAUGAUAUUUUCUUAUUGUUGGUAUUAUAGUUAAGUCUUGAUUUCAUUUUCAGAUUUUUAGUGCUCACAGGGUUUUUCUAAACUCCCUGAGAGCCUCUUGAUGAACAGUUGUGAGGUGUCAUGAAUACAAUUGUGAUAACUGAUUGUUGAGUUUUUUUCUAUCUUGUGAUACAGUUUACACAAUAAAACAUGACAGUUUGGCUGACAAAUAUCAAACCCCAAUGUAACCGAGGGUUAAAACAUUUCUUUAACUAUUUUCUGUCAAGCUUCUUCUUUGACUGCAACUCUCGUUCUGCUCUUUCGAUAUAUAAUAAAGAAACUGUGUUGAGCA